AUGGCGAAUUAUAUUAUUGAUGAAAUAAAAAUAAGAGCAGAAUUACAGAAAGAAUUCAAAAAUAAAAAUGGAAAGAUGAACUAUGCAGAUACAGAUAAGUUAUUUAUUAUAAUAGCAGGAAUUAAUAAAGAAAAAAGGAUAUUUACUGAAGUAGCUGAACCUCUGGCUAAUUUGGCGUAUAAUAUACUUUAUAAACAAUUAUUCGGUAGGAUUAUAUAUAUAUACUAUAAUGAAGAGGAUAUUAUAUCAAAAUUGCAUGAAGCAUUAAGACAUAUAGACUUAUUUGUAGAUAUAAUUAAAGAAUUAGCAGAUGAAUUAGAUAGUGAUGAAAAAAAAGAAGCAUUUUAUAGAAUAAUAGGGAAUAGUUAUCUGCUUAUGGCAGAAGGAUAUAUUUUUAGAAAGGAAUUAUUGGAUUCUGCUAUUAACACACUGUGUGAGAAAGAAGAAAUAUUAAAAUUAAAUGAUGAAGUAACUUCAACAUAUGCUAUAGCUAAACUAUGUGAGUUAACAGAGUCAAAAGAGUGCUCUAGAUUUAAAAGAGCAUUAGAUAUACUGGUAAAACAUGGUGAUAAUCUAAUUAUAACAGAUAAGAAUGGAGAAAAACAAUCAAAUAUAAGUAAUUUAGAAAUAACUAAAGAUGAUAUUUAUUCAUUACAGUUACUUACAAAAACAGAAAGCUAUGAUAUUAGAAAUCUUAUUUAUUUUUUAGAUGGUUCAAUUUGUAAAUCAAUGUAUAAUCUUGGUUUUAUACGCUUGUUUUUACUUUAUUCUAAUCUAGUUAUAAAAAUGGAUAAAAAUGAUAUCUAUUUUUAUAUUUGUCGUUUAUAUGUUAAUAUAUUUAAUAUGUUUAUACGUUCAAAUCAGAAUAUAUUAAAUAUAGAAUCAUAUAAACAGAAGCAUAAAAAUAUAUUUAAAAGCUACUUAAAUCAAAUAUUUAAAAAAAGAAUAGAAGAUAUUGAUAUUGGAAAUGAAAAAUUAAGUAUAUUUAAUACUAUAAAAAAUCAUCAAUAUAUUAAUAUGGAAGAUAUUAAAAAUAACCUACUUAAAAAGCAUUUUGAAUCAAUAGAAUCAGAUAUUGCAACUAUUGGUCCAUUUACUUUUAGGAGUAAAGGUCCAUCAUAUUUAAAGAUUAUUGCAGUAAUACUUAUAAUUAUUUCUAUAAUUAUUCUUAGUAUAUUCUUGUUAUAUCCUAGUGGAAUAAAAGAAAUUAUGAAUAACUAGAAUAAAAAUAGAAAAAAUAAAACUUAGUCAUAGAUAUAUGUGGUGACACCACCAAUCAAGCGCACAUGCAUAAGACUGAUCAUUCAAUGCGCCUAUUAGCGCGAUGAUCCUGGCUCGAUAAAAGCCUGGAUCUAAGAAUCACAGAUUAACUUUAGACUAUAUAAGGAGCAAGCGCCCAAACAAAUCAAUAGGAAAACACCACGGGACACAUUUACUAAAAGUCUUUGUGCCAAUAGUGCCACAAGGACUCCGUGUCCGUGCACAUCCCGAUAUUCUAAUAAUCAUAAUAAAGAGC